GCGGCGGCGCCGUUUGCCGGCGGCACCGGAAGGCGGAAGGCGCGGCGGGCGGAGCGAGGCGGGCGGCCAUGGACGACUUGGGCUGCCCGCGGUGCAAGACCACCAAGUACCGCAACCCCUCGCUGAAGCUGAUGGUCAACGUCUGCGGGCACACGCUAUGUGAGAGUUGUGUGGAGCUGCUGUUUGUGAGAGGGGCUGGGAACUGCCACGAGUGUGACACCCCCCUGAGGAAGAGCAACUUCAGGGUGCAGCUCUUUGAGGAUCCUGCUGUCGACAAGGAAGUGGAAAUCCGGAAGAAAGUGCUGAAAAUAUACAAUAAAAGAGAGGAAGACUUUCCCACUCUAGAUGAAUAUAAUGAUUUCUUGGAAGAAAUAGAAGAAAUUGUAUUUAACUUGACCAAUAAUGUGGACUUGGAGAACACCAAAAAGAAAAUGGAGCUGUAUCAAAAGGAUAACAAAGAAGUCAUUCAGAAGAAUAAGUUAAAACUGACGCGGGAGCAGGAGGAGCUGGAGGAGGCUCUGGAGGUAGAGCGGCAGGAGAGCGAGCAAAGGCGGCUCUACAUGCAGAAGGAAGAACAGCUACAGCAGAUGAUGAAAAGGAAGAAUAAACAGGCACUCCUGGAUGAUCUGGAGAACUCUGAUCUUCCUGCCUCUCUGCUCUUAGCUCAGCAUAAGGACAGAUCUACUCAGCUAGAAAUGCAGCUGGAAAAACCCAAACCUGUCAAACCAGUCACGUUUUCCACUGGCAUCAAAAUGGGUCAGCAUAUUUCAUUAGCUCCCAUUCAAAAGUUAGAGGAAACAUUGUAUGAAUAUCAGCCUCUGCAAGUGGAGACAUAUGGACCACAAGUUCCAGAGCCUGAAAUGUUGGGAAAGCUGGGGUAAACAAGCUUCCCAACACAUUCCCCAUGUGCAAGCAGCAGGAGCAGCAAAUGAGAAAAGAGCUGUUUCCAUCACCCUUCUCUCCGCUCAGAGGGCACGUGAACACCACACUGGUGUGUGAGCACUUUCUGUGGGGCUGAGUGAUUUACUGGAUGUGGAAGUGCAGCCCUGGAAACCCGAGCGAGGGAGGAUGCCCUGGGCCGGGGCUGGCGGGUGUUGAGAGCACGGACAGCUGGCGGGUGACCUCGGGACGAUGACAAAUGGGCCACCAGGUGCCCCCGCCCGUGCCAGCCCCUCCGCGCUUACGGAAGUCACUGGCGCUGAAGGAAGGCUUCCUGUGAGCAAGGCUUCUGGAAAUAAACACUCACCUCUUGUUACAGCUGGGUGCGUGGGGGUGAGGAAUCCGAGGAGCUCUCUGCGGAAGGAGUUGAAGCAGAAAUCCUUGCAGUUUAAAGGGAAAAAAGAAUUCAUCCGAAUGGUAGUGGCUGUGCGUAUUUUGGAGCUGGCAGGAAUGUGUGGUGUGGAGAUGAGUGGGUGAGCAACAAGAAGGAAACUGUUUACACAGCACAGUCAGUGGUGGCUCUUCUCUGACGUGUGUGGAGCCAUCAAACAACAAAAUAUUUUACUGGGAGGAAAGUGGGAUGUGAGGAAGCCCCCCAACAACUGAAGAAAAAGAAGCCAGCAUAGAAUUUAUAUCAAAUAUCCUCUAUAGAGCCGAAACAUGUGACCAGAAAGAACUUGCAUAGCCUUUAGUUUUCCUUUGCUUGCAAAGGAUUCGUGUAUUUGCAGGUUCUGCUUUCCAUUUCCUGUUUUUAUUUUGAAAUAGGCAGUUGUGUGCUAAAAUGAGGAGAACUUCCAGAUAAUCCUUGUCUUGAAUCCACCCUGCAGCAGCACAGAAACCUGAAACCCAUGUUGCCUCAGACCUGCUAGGGUAUGCUUCCUUCUUAGGGUUCCUUAGUGGGGUUGUGAUGUACUUUAGAAGCUUCAGGGCUGUUUGUUUUCUUGUUUCUUUUCAGCUAAAAAAUCCCCAACAAAACAAGAUGAUCUCUGUCAUCACUUUAGCUUUUGAAACUGUGUUCAAGAGUUCCCACAUUAGCUUGGAAUCACUGAGUGCUCCAAAGACAGCAUUGCCUGCUCUCUUGCACUGGUAUUCACAUUUUCUAAGGCUGGAACUGUUAUAUCCCGUCUGAAGUGAUGCUGCAUGAUCAAAUGUUAAGGGAAGUUGAUUAAAUGUAGCAUCUGAUUAUUAUCAAAGGGAAUGUGCAGACACCCACUGUGAAUGGUGGGCUCGUAUGAGGGGCAAAAUGUGUUUCUCAAACAUGCACUGGAUUUACACAUGGGAAUUCUUGUUGAAUGUGAAUCUCUACCUUGGAUAACUCUUCAGUGAAAAGAUGAGGUUUAUUUAACUUGUUAACGCUUGUAACAUCUCCAGGUGUAAUGGGAUUUACAGCUCCUUUUGAAGAUGGAAAUAGGUCAGCUUGCACCAUUUAAGGGGUUUAUGUCCCAUUUCAAAGUAGUUUUUAUAUCUAUGGGUUACAGUGCUUUAAGUUGAUAGUCUCAAAAUCUGUGGUCCAUUGUACUUGGAGUUUACAGACUUUUCUCCAUGGAAUAGUUGUAUUGAGGUGGUGCCUUCUUGGGUAGGGCCCUGCAGUGGGACUGGGAUUGUCCAAACCUCUUUUUUUGGCAGGUCCUGGCCCAGGGCUGCAUCCAGCCUGCAGCAGAGGAAAUGUGCAAAAUGCAUAUCAGGGCAGAGGAGUACAAAGCUUCCUUUAUUCUAUAAAACCUUUUUCAUCGUUAGUUUCCUGUCUUUACACUUUAAAACAUCCACUUCUUUUAAAAUUAUAUCAGUUUCUGGGAGGCGGAAGGCAUUUCUCCUUUUCCUUUGAUCUCAAUUUCUCUGUAGCUUUUCAUCUUACCUCAAGGCAACAGCACUGGCUUCUCAGUUACUCCAAAAGCAAAUGUUUAUGUGUUAAAUAAAUACAAGUACCUGAGUCUGGUCUCACAUCUAUUUAAAAACCAGGGCAGCAGUAGAAUUGCAGUACUGGGAAAAUGCUGGAGAACCAGGUGCUCUCUAAAACUUUUCUUCCUUUAAAACUCUUUUUCUGCCAGUAGAAGAGCUGGGUAUUUUAUGAGGAGCACUGAGGGUAUAUUUUGAUGUAGCUGUCAUAAAGAAAUUUCCCUCCAUUCCACUCCCCAAUGGAUUAGCUUUUCAGUGGAAAUGGUUGGCUCUGGAUUUCAUCACAAAAAGAGGAAGUUUUUAGGGAAAGUAGUAUGGGAAAUCUGAGUCUGUUCUCUUCCCCACCCAGGAGGGCUUCUGUGACUUUGGGUCUUGGCAUUUAAAGGUUUUUCUACUCCAAGGUUCACAACUGCACUCACCAGUUCAGAAGUAAUCUGUAUUAAAUUCUGAGAUGGGACACUAGAUAAAUCUUACAGGUCAUGUAUGGGUUUUACCUUUAACAGAGCAAACAGUUUAUGUGAAACAUCACAUUAAAGUGCUGUAGUUUUUAUGUUAAACCCUCAGAAACUCCUUUAUUGGUCACUGCAGCAGCUGACUGGGAGAGAGCUCUGAGCCCCAGGGUGCUGCUGGGUCCCUGUUGCAGCAGGACUCUGGAGGCUUUGGGUUUCCAGGACCCAAAAGGUUUGCCCUUCAUAUAAAAGACAUUAUGAGGGAGAAGAGGAUGGGGGAAUAACUCAGCACUAAUUUCUACCUUUGGAGUCAGAACUGGCUUUAUCAGCAGCAGCUGUUUCAUACCUAAUAUCACAUUUUGAGGGGUUUUUUUGCCUCUUUCAGUGUCUGGUAGCAGAGCUCUAUCCUGUUCCAUCUUAGCUGAGGUGUUCUGCAGCAGACCUGCUUUGUUUUAAUUUUAAAGUACUUUGUUUCACCACAUGCCAUUUAUACACUUUCCUGCCCUGAGAAAACUCUCACAGUGUUUAAAACAAAUUGCUGUUUAGAAAAAGCAGAUGGAAGAGGUUAAAAAGAAGCACUAGGAGUCCUAUAUUUCUUCUAUUGAUUUGCUGGGCUGGGGCAUUUCCUGUCUUUUCUACUGGGAAAGUUUAUUUCUGGUAGAAUAGAGCUCUUCACUCAGAAAACCUAAAAGUUCUAGGAGCUUAAACUCAUAAUUAUAUUUUCUUCUUAAUCCUUAACUGUAACAAAAAGAGAUCCAUUAGAGACAGAAGGCAUCUGCUUUUGCAGAAUUUAUUGCAAGAUGAAGGCACUGAAUUUCCUUGCUGGAAAUCAGAAUUGUGAUGAGUAAGCAAUGGUUCUGCAGCAGGUUCCUGGGGCAGGGGUGAGAGAAAUGGGCUGAGCAAGUUUGUGGUGUGGAGAAGGGUCUGGCAUUCAUCUGACACCUCAGAGAGCACUUUCUGCUCAGAAAGCAGCACAGGGUUAUUAAUAAUAACAAACCAGCCUGGCUUACUAAGCUGAAUGUGCCCAGCACUGCUGUCUGCAGGUGGGAUUGCUGGUGCUGCAGGGGUGCUGCCUGUGCUGCAUCACUGUCUUUGGCAGGAAUUUUUAGUAGCCAAAACUCUGUUGUGCUAUUUAAAGUGACUUUUCCUUGUACCCCUGCACUAUGGACUGUGUUCAGUCUUGUAAGGUGCCAUAAUUUGGGUGAAAAUGUAUUUUUUGUCUAUUUGAACUUCAUCAUGCUUAGCCCUGUUUUGACAUCCACACUUAAUGCUGCAAUUGCAUACAGAGAAACAUUGAAAAAUACCCCAAACAAAUACCAGAGCUCCUUCAGUGACUGCACUACGAAAUAGAUUUUCUCCCAUUUUUCUGUGUGGUCUGGAGGGUGGAGGAGAGGAGUGGCAGGUGGCAGGGCUGGCAGUGUGACCUCGGGCAAGGAGGGAUUGGGCUGGGCUCAUGAGGAGCUCAGGGCUGCUCUGAACUGGAAUUCUGUGUCAGAACAGGCUGUGGUGGCUGGGCUUCAGCAGGAACCUCUGAUACCAGUCACAGCUGGUGGGUUUAACAUCUAAAUACACUCUUACUGCCCAAAUAGUGUCUGCUAAAAUGGAUGAAAAGCUGUUUGUUUGGUUUUUGUUUUAAUUUGAAGAUCGGGCUUGUAGCUGCUCCCUGGAAUGAUGAAUUGCUGUUCUGGGUUUGAGUAGCAGCUUUGUGCCUUGUGUUUUUGCCCUGCCUCAGUCAAAUUAGUCUGAGAGAGGGAGAGCCACACCAUACUUGAAUAGCACCAAUGCAUUUCCUGGGGCUGUUCAGUGGAGAACAGCAAUGAGCUGUGCUCCUUUUAUAAACAAAUUCUGUUUGGCUGCAGGGACCCACUGAGGGAGAGCUGACUGCUUCAGAGGAAAGCAGAGCUGAGCAGAGGAGCUCAGUUUGUACCUGCUCAGGGGUAGAGGGUAACCAGGCCACACAUUCCUCAGCAGAAGGCAGACACAGCCCAGUUCCUUCUGUGCCUCUCUCCUGUGAUGAGACCCAGUCCCUGCAGCUCCCUCUGAGUUACCCAGCAAUAGCUCAUCCUAGGAUUGGUAAAUCCAGUGAAAAUCCUGCCUCCAGAACAGCUCAGGAAUGCUGCAGCCUAUGCUACUGCCUUCCUAAUGCUUCACACAGUGGAGUAUUUUGCUUGCUUUAUGCAACCACUGUUUAUUAUUUAAAUGAUGAAUCUGGAAAAUUUCCCAGAUCUAAUGUCUGCCCCAUUGCUUUAUGUCUUGGAUACUGCAGAUAAUCAGAUGAGCAGUAAAUCUACUCUGUGGAAUAGAAUUAAUUUUUUUUUUCACUGUCAAACAACUUGUGAAUGAUUUUUCUUUUCUUCACUCCCAUAAAGUACCUAAUAAGUAAAAAAAAACCCAAAACUGUAUGGCAAAUACAGAGUUAUUCCAUAUGUAUCUCUGCGUGGUGCAUCUGCAGAAGCACCCCUGGGAGUGGAUUUAUCUUGGGUAGCAGGAAAGAGUGUGUGAAAUAAUCCCUAGCACUGGUACUUUCAGUUGGGUGGGUGAAGGGACAUACUGUGGGGUGGUUUGGGCUUGUUGGUUGUAUGUUUGGUUCUUUUUGUUUGUUUAGGUGGGGGUUUUUAGCUUUGUUUGGUUUCUGGUUGCUGUUUAUUUUAGCCAGGUUUGAUUGUGCUGUUUCUCCAUUCUCUCUGAUUGUUUCUGACGUCUUUCCUGAAUUUCCCUGGAACAAGACCACCCUGCUGAGCAGGGAGGGGAUGUUUGCCAGUGGCCCUGGGUGUUGCUGAGCUGCUCUUGGGUCCUCUGGCUCUCAGCAGCAGCAGUGCCAGGGGCUCUGGGGCUCCUGGGAGGGCACGGGGGGCUCACAUCUGCUGCCACUCUGAGCCCACGUGGCUCUCCACAGUCCUGUGUGAAGUGACACAGCCUUGGGAGAAGAGAAAACAUGAAGAAAACUCCCUCCCAGGAACAGUCAGCUUGAUUCUGAGCCUCCACACCGAGUGUGAAUUACACCUCUUUCCUUGAAAACAGGAGGGGAUUUUUGGGUUUUUUUUUUUCCUCCCACCCCCUCCAUGGUGAUGAGAAACUGAAGGUCAGGAAUGAGCCCCCCAAGGCUCAUGAAGAACAAAAUACGACGUGUUUUAACUGAUGUGAAAGCUUAAUGGGGAAGAUCAACAUCCAAAGGCUGCAGCCAAGGAAAGGGGGCUUGUUUGGGCACAGCCUGAAGCAGAGCGUAGGCAUUGCUGGGAAUGGGAAGUGUGAAAUGCUGGGGCAGGGAACACACAGCCCUUUAGCCCUGCUCAAAAAUAAUAGUGCUUUUUUUAACUUCAGAGUUUAGUCUGCCCUCAGUAAAAACAAGUUACAUUAAAAAACUGCGCACCAGAAAAAGCAAACCUCUUUUUCCUGGUCUCUGCUUAUAAGAUUUACAGGUACUUAAAAUAAACCUAUGAAAAACA